CGGGUUUCUGCUAUUGAGGGCAAAUCUUUAGGUUCUUGGCUAUGGAGAUUGAUCGCGUCAAGCCACAAUGCGGCGACGACAAGACGCGGGAGGCGGCGAUCGAAGCUGAGGUCGAUCGAGUGAAAAAGCUGCCGCGAUCAAGCGCGUAUGCGAUCCAUCGUCUCAAGGUCCUGGGCAAAAUGCUCGAUCUUCUCAAAAUCCCACGCCAGGACCGGACUUCCACGGAGGCGGAUGAUCUUGAGCGAUUGUUCGCGGAGCUGGCGUUUUGAAAGUAUCAUACAUGGGAGGAAAGGUCUUUCUAUUUUCUCCUGCUCUUUCUUCUUUCUUUGUGUUUGGGUACAUGAAAGUGAUGGAAUCGAUCAAAACGUCGACUUAGAAAAAUCUCUGGAAGCAUCAUGAUGUCUACGCCAUCGCUGGGAAAUGGAUGUGUAGCAACGUUGGAAUCACUCGUAGCUUGGGCUCGCCACCACAGCCAUCAUCCGGAAGAUCCUUGGGAAAGGUGCGAUCGGCUCCACCGGCAACAGAGAAACGAUUCUGUGAACUUCAUUGGUCGACAAGUGCUAAGCUACUACGAGGACUCUUGCCACUGACGAGAAUAAAAAUGGCUUUUUCUUUUCA